UAGACCUAGAAGGUUGCGGUUAGUUUUGGAAAGGGGAGGGCUAGAAAGUAAAAGAAAAGGAAGCAUGAAUCAAAACCACCAGCAAUCGAGCGACGGACGCCACGACGACGAUGCCGCUCUCACCGAGUUCCUUGCUUCUCUAAUGGAUUACACUCCCACUAUACCUGAUGAAUUGGUGGAGCAUUACUUAGCAAAGAGCGGCUUUCAAUGUCCCGAUGUUAGAUUAAUUAGGCUGGUAGCAGUUGCCACACAGAAGUUUGUUUCGGAAGUUGCAAAUGAUGCCCUUCAGCAAUGCAAGGCAAGGCAGGCGGCAGUUGUCAAGGACAAAAGGGAUAAGCAACAGAAGGAUAAGCGCUUAAUCUUGACAAUGGAAGAUCUUUCAAAGGCACUACGUGAGCAUGGCGUCAACGUGAAGCACCAGGAGUAUUUUGCUGAUAGCCCAUCAACUGGGAUGGAUCCUGCUUCAAGAGAUGAAUGAAGGAAGCUGAACUUACAAAACAGGGUCUUUAUAUGUAUUGUGCUUAUAACAUUGCCGCUGCCACCACCGGCAUAUAACCCUUCUGCGUAUUGUUUGUAAUCUGAGGAAACAAUCAAUUUUUAGUCCAGUAGUUAACUAGAAAUCUUGUACAUUUGGUUCAGGUUUCAUCUGGAAGAGUAAUUGAUUUCCAAUCGAAUGACAAUUAUAUUUGAUGUAACAAUAUGAUCCUUUUAGGCUUU